CAAUGUCUUUCGAUAGUCCUUCAUUACCUAACAGGAUGGGAAGGAAUGUCUCAGGUGACACGACAAACAAUGUCAGAUAUGAUCCAGAUUCCACUCGAUGUUUCUAGUAUCGAACACGAUAGUCACAACAUAACAAAACUAAACCAAAACUGAAUCAGAUCUCGUAAUACCCUCCUCGUCAAUGAGACAAAAAAUAGGGUACGACGGAAGAUUUGUCCCCGAUGGAGGAAGACUUUACCCCGCCAAUUGUUCGGUCGGAACUGGAUUUCUCUUAUCGUCCCUUCAGCAGUGGUCUAUGCUGGUGUCUCAUAGCGAUCGAAAUCAGAUAAAGUGUGUCGGUGGUGGUGGUGGCGUUGAUAAACUUGUCAUACUAGACCUACCGAGUGUACAGUACAUAAAAAGCUGGAUUGAACGUUCCUUCACCCACCCAUCCUUUGGACUGAGCAUUGAUACUGGAAUAGAUAUCAGCAAGUCGAUAAUAUCCUCAGUUCUCACGCAGUUUCUCCUUCUAGACUCGAACGCAGACUUCAACUACAUAGUGAACAUAAGAUACAAGCAGUGCAUACCUCAACCCACCCACCCACACUUACUCACGUACAGUCCUCACUCACAAGACCCUCCCCAACAAAACAUAAACACACACAAUCUAGACCAUCACACCAUGCAACAAGGAAGUGCGCAGCACACACCCACAACCCGCAUGAAUAAUAUCUCCGCGCAGAAAUCAGAAAUCAGAUUGCAUGCAUCUAAUCUAAACCACGGCGAAAGGGUCUGGACUCUGGACUCGCACCUUUUCCCGACCGGUCGCGGUCUAGAUUCCGGGGGCCACGAACGGACGGACGGACCCUCCAGAGUUCAAACAUCUAGACCUUUUUUUAUUCACUGUCAGACUGUAGGUAUAGGUAUGUUGAUCGGUUCGCAAAUAGAUAACUCGCACGACAAUCUAUUUUCAAAAGCCUGAUCUAGAUCUUUUUGUGCUCUCCACGAGAGCAUGGGAAAUCAGGUUGUUUUCUGUUCGCUUACAGAGAACAGAAAAUGGUCGUCUGAUCGCAAAGGAAAAAGUAAUGGUACCGAGUACGAGGGCCGUAAGUUACCAACUACCUUCCUAAGUUACAGGUGGGCAAGUCACCUCAUGGGUGGGUGCUAUUAAUAGUA